UUAUGCAGGCUUGUGUGAACGCGUCAUCUUUUGCAGAGGAGGGAGGCCACCUUCCUCACCCGACGCACCGGAGCGCACCACGUUCAUUGAGGUCGGGAUCCACCGCCCCUGCCUGUGCCAGGGCUGCUGCCGGGGGGAAAGCACCUAGGCCGGGGGCAAAGAAGGAAGCGUCUGUAAAAUGGUCGGUGUUUGUGGAUCAGGAGGCGGCUGCAGUUGCCAUCAUGUGAACGCGGACGAGGCGCGUAAAGCCGCCGGGGAUGAGGAUAAAACCAUGCACCUGGGCAGUGCUCCAUAGCCUCCCCUGCCCCUCGCCUCCCACCUGAUCACCUCUUCUCCUCCAUCUUCCUUCCCUCUCCUCCUCGCCAUGUCGACUACUGUGGAUACGCUGCUGGACCAGCCCUACCAGAAGCUGAGCCCCGAGCGGCUGGAUGGCUGUGAGGACGUUGCUGGCCGCUACAAGGUGGUCCCCUCUGUCGUCUGCUCAAUGUGCUGUCUGUUUGGCAUCAUUUACUGCUUCUUUGGAUAUCGCUGCUUCAAAGCAGUGAUGUUCCUGACGGGCCUGAUGUUCGGCUCUGUCGUCAUCUUCAUGCUCUGCUACAAGGAGCGCGUGCUGGACACCCAGCUGAGCGUGGAGGCCUCGGUGGGCAUCGGCCUGGGCAUUGGUACGCUCUGCGGCCUGGUCACCAUGCUGGUUCGCAGCGUGGGCCUCUUUAUGGUGGGCCUGCUGCUGGGCCUGCUGGUAGCCGUGGCGACCCUGGUUGGCAUGGAGGAGCUGUCCGACAGCCCACCGCGUUCCGUCUGGGUGCCCCUUGGCGUUCUGCUUGGCCUGGGCAUGCUGUUCGCCGUGCUCACCCUGCAAUGGCAGCGUCUCUUUACCACGCUGUCAACAGCGGUGUUCGGUGCAGCAGUGAUCACGGUGGCUUUGGACUACUUCGUGGAGCUCUUCGCCCUGGUGUUGUACAUGUACGAGCGGAUGAAAGCAGCACCUGGCAAACCUGUUUGUUGGCUGACGUGGGUGGUGCUUGGGGUGUGGCCUGCCCUCACCCUGCUGGGGGUCAUGGUCCAGUGGAAGGUGACCGCUGAGGGAUACUCCCAUACCAAGGUGAUCAUCAGCCGGCAGCAGAGGAGGAUGCAAGUGAUGCGAAUUCGUCAGCGUGACGACCGCUACCGCAGCAAGAAGAAGAAGAAGCAGCAGCAGCAUGGCGCCUCCUCCCACAAUCAAAACCAGGCCAAGCAACUCCACUCUGAGCCCGCCUACCGUCGCAAACCAAACCCCAUCCGCCGCUAUGACACGGACGUUCUCUCGCCAAGCUACAUCCAGAGUUUCCGAGACCGGCAGGUGCAGGCACAGCCCUUCCCAGGACGGCUGGUUGUUGGACCCCAUGCCGUGGUGGAUGUGGGCUAUGACUGCAGCUCCACGACACCCCUCAGUGGAGCAGCGGGACCUUCGCUAAGGGUCUGACCACUUCUCCAACUCACAGAGGCCUGAACACACCACAAACCAGGGAGAUGUAUGACUCUAAAAUCACCACCCACCUGGGGGUAAUCACAAACCACCACUAGGUUUAAAUGCAAAUAUUCUGGGCUAAAUACAAUCUGGGUUUAGCCUCACUCUUAAACAGAUGAAGAUAUGUUUAGGGCUGGAUUUACCCCCAAACGUGAACAUAUUUCUCUCUUUAUUAAUUAGAUUUUAGGUUAUAAAGCUCCGCUCUCCUUGUGGACACCUGCUGGAGCCGUCAGUGUUGGUGCAGAGGUUUAUCCGACCUCUUAUCGCUGUCUCUCAGUAGAUUCAAAUGCACAAAUGCAUGCAUGCACUUACACACAAAUACACACCCCAGACCCCGACCUGUCCGUCACCAUCUUAAGUCAAACCAGAUCAGGGAUUGGAGUUUGAGUGCAAACCCGUCUCAGGUGCAAACAACGGGCAUCGUACAAAAGAUUCAAACAUAACUUUGCCCUCAUUCAGCGUGCUGUUUCUUACUGCUGUCGUCAUUUUUCAGCUGAUGCUGCAGAAGCAACAUGUUCCUCAUUCCUUAGGCAUCUUAAACGCCCAAUGAAGAUUAUCUAUAAAGGGAAGUAAGGGCCCUUGAUUUCUGUGCCAUUUGGACUUAAAGAAAAUGCUCUUUCAAAUGGGAUGAGACGUCUUCACUGUCGUUUUUAAAGGAGGGAAACUCUUCAUUCCCAUUGGUGCUGGACGAUACACUAUACUUCAAGCGUCAAACUUCUCUCCGGAGGCUGGGGAAUCUGUUUAAACGGGUGCCUUGCCCCUCCUUGGACUGUACCAAUCAGUAGGAGGGGGGUUACUGGCAGAUUUUCCAUCGGUGGUUUGUUUUUGCAUUAAAUUUGAUCACAGAAUGAUUUUUUAAGAGGGGGGGGGGUACUAGCCAUGGAGUUACAAAAGGCAGGGUAGACAGUAAUGAGGGGGAGUUGUUGCUUGCCGUCUUCACAGAUGCCUGGACAUACGAGGAGGAUCUGCUUCCAGCUGACAGACAAAAAGCCAUAUUUACACUGACACCUCGUGAGAUUUACACAGAUGGAAAAAGAUUAUGAAGAUUUUCAAGUGCAGAAAAACAUGUUUCUGUGAUUAGUUUACAUUUUGAAUUUUAUCACUGCAGUGCCAACUUUUGGCUCUCCAAGAGAUUAGUAGUAUUUUUAAUCCCAUAAGAAUAGAUGGAAGAUAUGUUUCAGUCUUUCCAUCAUCAUCUGUUGUCGUUCAAACGUAGGU